UAUGAAAAACAAGAGGAAAAAGUUAAGGUAGAUGCCGAUUUGGAACCAAAAUUGCCGACUGAUUUUGCAGAUCUAGCUGUUUUAUCAAAAGACGUUAUACAAUGGACUACCAAGAAGGAACUUUACUUUCUUCUUCGCAAAGGUUUCCUCAUCGAUGAUAAUAAGUGGUUUUCUGUUAGCAAAUAUAUGAAGAGACGCCUUAUGAUACCUGCAAGUUCAUUUUUGGAUCCACUAGAUUGGGAACUCAACUCUGUACCAUUAUCAGAAUCAAGAUUCAAAGUGGUGACCAAAUCCCUUAGGCGUCAUAGUUUUGGAAUUCGUCUUAGGGUCGAUUCCCAGCUGUUGUCACCUCAGACAACAUAUUCAUGUCUACUAAUAUACAAGCUUUCGGAUAACUACUCUUCAUAUGAAGGUCCUCUGGUGAUAGGAGUAAAUGAUGGGGUUAAAUCUCACAUGUUUCCAUUGUCGAUCUGUUUGAGCACCCAUUGUCAUCCCCCUGUUAUUGGAGUCAAGGAUGAUCAAAGAUCUGCAGGGUCGUUGGAUAUCUUUAAAAUGAAGGGCCAUCCAAAGCAUAGGAAAGAUGGUUGGAUGCAAGUUAAAUUUUCUGAAGUAUCUAUCCCUACCAUGAACACAUAUUAUAUAUUUUCUGUUGAAGAAAAAGAAUUUAGAAACACGAGUUGUUUUGGCAUUGUUAUUGAAGGCAUUGAAUUUAGAAUCGUGUGAAUUUUCUUAA